CAGAUGGUCACAUAGUGCGGCGAGAUCGGCGGUCAAACUUCAUCUUGGUCAGAAACUGAAUAGCCUCACCGCCUCAGCCGUUUCCGUCGGAAAUUUAUGGCCUAUGCUCAGCCCCUUCCCUCCCACUUCCAUUCCCAGAGCUGUCGCAAGCCAAAUCCGAUUAAGCUUGCUCCCCAAGUGUUUAAACAAAUUAGGAGCUCAAGCUUCCUGUUUCAGAAUUUAAAAACUAAUCAGAAGAAUUCAAGGAAGAUGGUUUUGAACGUGCAAACACGUAGAUCUUCAAUAACAGUGCAGAAACCAGAAAUGAAAGUUCCUCAUGUACUGACCGUUGCUGGCUCUGAUUCUGGGGGCGGUGCUGGUAUUCAAGCAGAUCUAAAGGCUUGCGCUGCUAGGCGGGUGUACUGUUCUACUGUGAUCACUGCUGUCACUGCACAGAAUACUGUUGGAGUCCAGGGGGUGGACAUCGUGCCUGAGGAUUUUGUGGCUGAGCAGCUGAAGUCUGUGCUCUCUGAUAUGGAUGUCGAUGUGGUCAAAACAGGCAUGCUGCCAUCUCCUGGCAUAGUGAAGGUUCUUUGUCGCAGUCUUGGGGAAUUUCCUGUUAAAGCUCUGGUUGUUGAUCCUGUCAUGGUAUCAACUAGUGGAGAUGUACUUGCUGGUCCAUCUGUUCUAGCUGGAUUUAGGGAGGAACUUCUUCCCUUGGCCAACAUUGUGACCCCAAAUAUCAAAGAGGCAUCAGUCUUACUUGGUGGCAUGCCAGUGAGAUCAGUUUCUGAUAUGCGUGCUGCUGCAAAAUUAAUACAUGAUAUGGGUCCUAGGAACGUACUUGUCAAAGGUGGUGACCUACCCAAUUCAUCAGAUGCCAUUGAUGUAUUAUUUGAUGGUGAGGGGUUCUAUGAGCUCUGUUCUUCACGUGUGAAUACUCGCAAUACUCAUGGUACUGGCUGUUCUUUGGCAUCAUGCAUAGCUGCAGAGCUGGCAAAAGGUUCCUCAGUGCUGGAAGCUGUUAGGCAGGCAGCUAAACAUUUUAUUGAGACUGCCUUGGAUUACAGCAAAGACAUUGUGAUUGGAAACGGAGCCCAAGGCCCUUUUGAUCAUUUUCUUGCGCUUAAAAAUAUCAGUCAGAGUUCUUGCAGACAGGAUAAGUUCAAUCCAAAUGACUUACUGUUAUAUGCGGUAACAGAUUCAGGCAUGAAUAGAAAGUGGGGCCGCUCCACUUCUGAUGCUGUUAAAGCUGCUGUAGAAGGGGGCACUACCAUUGUUCAAUUAAGGGAAAAGCAUACUGAAACACGAGAGUUCUUGGAUGCUGCCAAAGCAUGCCUCAAAAUAUGCCGUUUCUAUGGGGUACCUUUACUUAUAAAUGAUCGUAUCGAUGUGGCACUUGCUUGUGAUGCUGAUGGUGUUCAUCUUGGUCAGUCUGACUUGCCUGCACAUGUUGCUCGAACUCUUCUUGGUCCUGAAAAGAUAAUUGGAGUAUCAUGCAAGACACCAGAGCAAGCCCGACAAGCAUGGAUUGAUGGUGCUGAUUACAUUGGUAGUGGUGGUGUGUAUCCCACAACUACCAAGGAAAAAAAUGGCAUCAUAGGUAUAGAUGGUUUAAAAGAAGUAUGCCUGGCUUCUAAACUGCCGGUGGUUGCAAUUGGUGGCAUCGGACCAUCCAAUGCGCGAACUGUAAUGGGAAUCGGCAUGCCAAAUUUGAAGGGUGUUGCUGUUGUUUCAGCUCUAUUCGAUAGAGAGUGCAUUCUGACAGAAACCAGAAAUUUGCAUACCCUAUUAACUGAGGCAGUGUUACUGAAGAAAUGAGCACGAGUUCUUAAAACAUGAGUGUAGUGCUUGCAGAAUGCAGAUUGAGGCAUACAAUCUGUGCUCAGACUUUGGAUGGACGAAUGAUUAGGUGAGAAUUUUAGUUACUUUCACCAUUAUCGGAAACAUGUACCGGCAGAUUCUUUGGACAGAAUUCUAUUGAAGUUGAGUAUUUAUGCAGUGCUCAAUGCUCAGCAAAACAAAACAAUAUUUGGCGAUUUUUCUAGUUGGCCUUUAUUGUCAAUAAUUCCAGAAUUGCUGGGAGCUUCUUUUUAUGGCUUUGUUGGUGAAAGGAAUUGUCCUUGUGUGUUGUUGAA